AUGGAUUUACUCGAGCAUCAUCAACAUGAACGGAACAAUGAUAUAGACAAUCUCAUCAUUGCUGCAGCUGCAGCUUCAGGAGACGAGCCCAUGGACACCAAUAUGCGUGUUGAAGAGUGUGUCAAUUUCGAAAGCGGUGAAGGACCUCGGCCUGGUCAUACCUAUUGGCAUCCUGGAUUUUUGCAUGCCGAACACGUCGCUGCAAUUCAGGAGGCUGCACGCACUGUUCUAGCUGAACAUAAUCGUCACUUUUUGCCCGAACCCUACAGUAAAAAGCUAGGGUCAGAGCUAGAUUAUCAGGAAAUGAUGGAUCUUAUGGACUUCAAAUGCGAUGAGGAGGAGAGUGUUGAUCGCAUGGAAGCCUUGCGAAAGCAUUCAAUGGUCUUUGAAGCCACUGGAGCCCACUCCCAAGCUCUCCCUCUUUAUGAGCAAGCCGUCAAUGAGGCGGCCUGUCAGAUCUGCGCUAUGCAGCCCGCAGCUAUUUUUCACAAGCGCGAUCUUGCGAUGCUAGCGAAGAUGGCUGUGCGCAUGACUGGCUUCGAAUUUCCUAGCUCUCUUUCGACAAACUAUACUCCAAUGGACGAAUAUGUUACGGUACCCUCGUCUGGAGCGGUUUUAGAGACUGACGAAAGCGCACAAUCCUUUAGGCCUUCAACUGCCGCUCCUGCUAGUGCCUCUAUGCUUCUUCAAAAGUCUGGGCUCCUUGCGCCGAGACGAGACGCUUUAAAACCCAAACUAACACCACAAGAGUACACCAUUAUUGCCCGUGCCGCUCAGGAACUUGCUGCGGAGCUACCAAAUUUAGCUUUGAAGAGCCGAGACCAGUGCAGUUUAGUGGAGAACUUUGUUUACACUGACGCAGUUCGUUUGAUGAACAUAAGCCCAGAACGACUGGAUGAAGAAAUGGAGUAUAUUCGCGAUGUGAGCGCCAUCUACGGUCGGUACCAGAGUGGUCCCCGGAUGCCUUCCCCACGUCUUUCGCCCUAUGAGCUAGGAAUGAAUGAGGCGGCUGCUUGUGUCGCAAAAUUACGACCUAGUCUUCUCACUCAUACCCUCCAUUUGACCGAAUGGGCGAGGCGUGUACUUACAUUGUCCGGACUUCAGUUAUCUCGUAUCCCCGCACCAGCCUCCCCCGCGCACCAUCAGUCUACUCAUGGUGAUCGAUGGCCUCAGCGCAGUGGUCCAACCAAAACGGCCUCAAGCCAGCUUCGCCUUCAUAGCGGUGAGUCAGCCUUCGGCGGAAGUACUAGCUGUGGGUUGACUUAUCCCGGCGAUUAUCUUGGCGACUUUGGUGGUGGAAGUGGAGGUGCCUUUAGCAUUAACAGUACACCCGAUGCUAGCAGCGGCGACAUCAUCGACUACGAAUGCUCCUCCGGCCUCGACAGUACUGAACUCAUUCAGCCUCUAGGCGGUCCCCAGGCAAUCGCUCAACUCACUGACUUUAACCUAGAGAAGCUUGGUCGCGCCCAAUUCACCGUCGUUGAUCCGCGUACCGACGCUGAAUUAGUUAAUUGCCCUCUUAAAUUAAUUGUUGAAGAAGAUGAUACUCCGCUUGAUGCAUCAGAAAUUCUCCGCUUGACUGGCGUGGAUAGUCUAGAAAAGGUAACCGAGCUUUCGAUCCCCUGUGGCGGCUAUACCAGUGUGAAUGCCUACGAUCUAACUCGUUGCAUCAACCUGAGGGAAUUGGAUUUAAGUGAAAAUGCCCUCCGAAUAUUACCUAGGAGGUUGCAUCUGGCAAAUUUAAAGAAGUUGGGUCUCUCGGGUAAUCGAUUCAUCCAUCUACCUUUGAUCGAACAAUUUCCAAAGCUGUCAAGAUUGACCAUAGAUGAGAAGCUGAAACAGCUUCUCAACCCCCAAAUGCUAGCCUUCUUUUGCCCGAAGUUAAAAACGAUUAAUAGCCAGUUCUUCGAUGAGUUGUGUUCAGAUUUCACGAUUCGGGUGUUUCAGGAGGCCAGAACCGUCAUGGAACCUUAUAUCCGAUCAAAGUGGGAGGCUGAUUUUGCAGAUCGUUUGGAGUCCAUUGUAACUCAAGAAGAUCGUCUGCGUGUCAUCGAAUCCAUGGUGCAAAAUUUGAAGGACAAGAACUUUAUGCUAGAUGAAAGUGUCCUGCCUUACAAAAAUCUGCUGGCAUAUCGCAUAGCCAGCGAGUACGUACAAACAAAACAGCAACAGUUACCAGAAGCUGACACAGACGCUGACGCCGAAGCAGCAGCCCAGCGUCAAAGACAGACACGUGCGAGUGAACUGGCUGCAGCUCUUGAAGCUGAGGUGCCCAUGGCAGAAGAUGUAGACGAUGAUGAAAACGGGAUGCUAUCAGCUAGCGACUUGUCAAGUGUCGUUAGACGGCCCAGAGAAGAGACACAAGCCUCAACAGAAGCGGGCGAGGCAAUUGUCGUCGAGGAUGCUGAGGAUGAAGUUGUUGCUGCCUCUCAAAACGUAGAAGGUGAAGAAGACGAGGAAGAAAGGGAGGCAGAAGCCCGGACUGCUGGAGAGAGGGCCCUCUUUGAAGCGGCGGACGAACUUCUCGGGGUUAAUUUCCCUGAUCCCAUGCUUCUUCAUCAUCAACAACAAAACCAGCCUGUCCAGAUGACUCUAGUGGUCGACAACCUCGGCCGAGUAACCCAGCAACAAGUGAUCCCCGUAAAUGUCCAGGGCCAGCCCCAGUUCCCUGGUGCUGGCGGCGGGCAACAGGGUCAACCACCCUACCAGAUGCACCUCGGCAAGUCCUUGAGGGCCGGAAGGUCGAUUGUUAUGACGGUGGUCCGUCCCAGCGGUAUAUCAGGACGUCCGGUGGCAGAAUUCCUCCCCGGCGAACUGCGAAACAAGGACUACGUGAAGGGCUACAUGGCUUCGGAGAUUUACAAAAAGGCAGUCAAAGACACGCUCGGGCAAAAGUCAACGCCGCGAAAACGCAACGGACCGGGCCGUCCUCGCAAAUCGGAACCAGCCCUCGCCACCAAAACCCCCGGCGCCCCCGGGCCCGCCAUGGUGCCUCUGGGCGAACUCAACCCCAGCGACCUUGGCAGCAUCAAAAAACCUCCGGUGCCGCCGUCACACUCGGCAGUCACCCCGAGGAAUGCCCAGAACUUGAAAAAGGCUGCCACCGCUGGCAUGAUGCUUGAUGAUGGUAGCCUUGGAGGAAACACCGCAGGUCUACCUCCGCGACCCAAGAAAAGGAAACCCCUUGGCAUGCAUAGGCAAAAUGUUCCCUUUCCCAGUACGAUUGAGGCUUGCAAUGAAAGGUGGACAAUUCAGCGCAAUCGACAGCGCUCUCUGGUUGUUAGAUCUAGAAGCCUUCGCGACCUGUGUGCGGAGCCGACCUAUGGCUUCACUCCAAGCUACCUGACUCCCUCCGGUGUCGUUGGCGGAAUGCGAACUGAUGCUGCGAUGAUUGACUACGAUCCACUGCACUUCAUUCGGUGUCACGCGAAGGACAACGACGCAGGCGACAGCGAGACCAAGGUCUGGCGUUGCCUCUUUGAGCCGAAUCCACUCCGACCGGAGGAGACUACGCACGUGGUUGCUACUUGUGGUGGAGAGUGCGUUUGCCUCAUAAACUGCGCUACCGGAAAGGUUAUGAAAAGGUUUAAACACAUGGAAGAGGAGUUCUACACAAUAGCUUGGACCACAGUGGAAGUUGAGGGCAGCAAACGUACCAACAUCUUGGCUGCAGCGGGUCGGAUGCGCGAAAUCCGAUUGCUGCACCCCGAUCAACUGGUUUGCUAUGCCGAGAUGAAAGGCCACACUGAGGACAUCACCGCCAUGAUCUUCCACCAGACACAACCCACCAUCCUCUUCAGCGGUGACUCCAAAGCCUCCGUAAUUGUGUGGGACAUCGGAGUUCCAUCGGUUCCCGACUAUAAGACUCGCUAUCAACUGCUCAUGCGCCUCCGCUGUCCUCGCUUAGACGUCAACCCCGUACUGAACUUGGUCUUCCUGCCGCACUACGCCUAUCUGAUCGCCGGGUGUGAGGACGGCCUGUUCGCGUGGAAGAUCACAGACCUUCGGCUGGAAAAACGCGAACGCGAGCCCGACAUGGAACUCAAAUUGGAGGUGGAUCACGAGGUUUGCAUCGAUGGGUUAGCCCAAUUGAGUGACAAUUCUCUCGUCAUCAAAGUUGUCGAGUCUGGAGAGAUCAUGGUUUUCGAUUUCGCCGCUGUUCUCGAGCGACGCAAAGGUAAUAACUAG